UCACGCCGCGUCUCGCGGUUUCUGGGAGAGGACGGUGGCCACGGCGCUUCUGUCUUAACUGAGUCUCGGCAAUGCCUGUCGUUUCAGGCCCGCACUGUGUGCACCCAGAGUCAGGAGAGCGCUUGUGGGAGCGAUCCGGUUCAGAUCACUGUCAUCUUCCUGAAAGAUAAGGAGUAUUCUUUACUUCUCAUCAUGGCAAGCAGUGUUGGUGGCCUCCUGGUUUUGAUUUUGAUUGUAGUCCUCCUGUUCAAGUGUGGCUUUUUUAAAAGAAAAUACCAACAACUGAACUUAGAGAGCUUAAGGAAGGCCCAGCUGAAAUCAGAGAGUCUGCUGGUAGAAGAAAAUUAGGACCAGCUUCUUCAUGUUGGGAGAGAAUAUCAACCAGUCCUCGAACUUCCCAAGAACUGACUGCUGUUUCCUGUAGGACACUCCAGAGCAAAAGUUAACAUUGUCUGUGGAAUGUUUUUUAACCAUAUGUUGUCCCAAAUGUGUCUGUGCAUUGUACAAAAAAUAAACUUGGAAACAUUUGGUGUUAAAUAAAGCUGAACUGUUUUGUUUUCAGAA